AUGAUGGACGCGCGAUUCGAGGGCAUUGAGGACAGGCUGCUUCCACCGGUGCGGGUUCGCCCUCCUCUGGCCGCUGACAGACGCCAGCGGGUGCAGACACCUCAAGUGCCAGAGGCUGUAGUCGCCUCGUAUAGUGCGGCUACUAAGAAGGGGCAGAAAGCCCCUUCUUCUCAACUGGUGCCGCAAGCCUAUCGGAGCCACUAUGGUAGAGGUAAGGCCGACUCUCUCGCCGCAAAGUUCAAGGAGGAAAACAUCAGGGUGUCUAGAUCCGUCAUGAGCACUGAGUUGCGCCUAGCAGGUUUGGACGACUUCAUAACGGCCGAUGAAAUUGCCACGGCAAUAUUCAGAACCGGAGGAUGCCCUGCGGAUCAAAUCAGGGUCGGACCCAGCCGCGGGUGGGGACACAGUGGCUAUCGCCACGAAUAUUUCAGCCGGCUCAUCGCCAUUCCAGCGAGUCAUGAGGCACCGGGAAUGUCUGGCAGCACAAGUGGAGAACACAGUCGUAAUCGGUGUCUACAUCUGGCCGAACAGGAUCUCGCCGAGUUCGAGAGCUUCUUGGCGGAAGUGGACACCCUCAUCGAAUGGGCCAAUCCCUAUCAGGUACUCGUCGCGGGGGAUCCCAAUACCAAGUCUACGGUAAGGGGAUCCCCGGCGACGGAUGCCCGGGGGGAGGUGGUGGAGGAGUGGCUGGCUGCCCAAGGGCUAGUGGUCCUAAACCAAGAGUUGGCAAACACGUGCGUGCGGUCUCAGGGCGGCUCAAUCGCGGACGUCACAUUCGCUAGCGCCGGCUUGGUGCGGCGGGUUCAGGGCUGGGAGGUUCUACAGGGAGUGGAGACGUUGUCAGACCACUUGUACGGCCGAUGUCACGUGGCCGCACACACAGCGGCUCUGAACAGUCCAGGUCGAGGUCCCGGGGAACUGGGUCCAAAAUGGGCGCUAAAGCACUCGGACAGGGACGCAUUCGUGGAAGCGUUCUUAGCUUGGUCCUCUGCACCGGAGUCCAUUGAGCUGGAAGCACGCGUCACACGUGUACUGGUGGUCUGCAGAACUCGUACACCUUCGAACCACGUGUGCGAUGAGCAGACGCCAGUACACCCACUACCGGAGACGGAGGCAGCGAGACGAGGAGGAGGAGUCUCGUCGGCAUACCUCGUACAAGGAGACGAAGUUGGCGCUGAGGACAGCCAUUUGGAUAGCCAAGCAGGUCAGCUGGGAAGAGCUCCUACCGACUCUUGA